AACACCUACCAUAACCUCACAAUUUUCUAUAGAAAAACAAAGUGACGUGAUUAUUAUUUCGUGUGAAAAUUUAACGUUUUUAAGUAAAUAUGGAAGUGCCUGAUAAUUUAAGGGAUUACAUUGUUAAUCCCUAUUUGGAGCUCCUUGAGAACAUGCAACCGCAAUGUUUGGAAAUCAAAUCUGAUCCUAACAAUGUUUUCAAUAUCUCUGAGCCUGUUUUCGGGACCACACUGCGUCCCAGAAGGUCCUAUGAAACAGGUGAAAUUAUUGACUUUGAGGAAAUUCAAUUGGAAGAUCCAGAUAGCCGAGCGGACAAUUCAAUGUCCCUCCAACGAGCUCCAGAUGCGAGUGGUAAGGGAUCGUCUGUACGUGGCUCAUCUACAAACUAUCCCUUCUGGCCAGGAGGUUUUGAGGAAGAAAAAGAGAAUGUGGAAGAGUUGAUUGCGGAAGAAGGGCAGCUGUUGACUUUGGCUCCAGGAUUCACGCAUGCUAUUUCCAGCAGUGCUGAGGGUAUUGAUGAAGCACUGAAACAUUUGAAGAUUGUUGAAAUGGACUUUACGGAUUUAAUUAGAAGUAACCCAAUUUAUGAUCUUUGGGCAGAGAAGAGGGCGGUGCAGAAGCCACGACCACAAGUGCUCAAAGUCAGCACUGCAAAGGAUAUCACAACUGUGGAAACAAAGUGGGCAGUGGAAAUUGAUACGCGCCAGGCAAUUCCAACAACCACAACUGAACCAGCUUUGGUGUUUCCCUUCAAAUUGGACAACUUCCAGAAGCACGCCAUUCACCAGCUCGAAGAUCACAAUCAUGUCUUUGUGGCCGCUCAUACGUCAGCUGGGAAAACUGCUGUGGCAGAGUAUGCCAUCGCCCUGAGUCUCAAGCACCACACCAAAGCAAUCUACACAUCCCCAAUUAAGGCGUUGUCCAAUCAAAAGUACAGAGACUUUAAGAAAACUUUCAAAGAUGUUGGUCUCAUUACGGGGGAUGUUCAGAUUGAUUCAGAUGCUUCAUGCUUGAUCAUGACCACCGAAAUUCUUCGAUCGAUGCUCUACUGUGGUAGUGAGAUUGCCCGGGAUAUUGAGUACGUUAUCUUCGAUGAAGUUCACUACAUUACCGAUGCAGACCGAGGGCACGUGUGGGAAGAAACACUCAUUCUGUUGCCGGCAAAUGUAACCAUUGUCAUGCUAAGCGCUACGGUUCCGAAUACACUUGAAUUCGCCUCGUGGGUGGGUCAAACAAAAAAGAAAAAGGUCUACGUGGUAAGCACACUAAAGCGCCCCAUCCCCUUAAAACACUACCUGUACGUACCCUUCGUGGCGAAGAACAAAGAGGAGAUUCACCUGAUCCUGGAUGAGAAUGGGAAAUUCCACAAUAAAGGACACAUGGAUGCUGUGGCACUUAAGGAAGCAACUUCCGCAAAGAUUGGGCGUAAAUUGACGCCGAAUCAGGAAAAGACAAUGUGGGAGAAGUUGGUGGGUUAUCUCCGGAAGACGGAUAAAUUGCCCGUUGUUGCAUUUACACUUUCCCGCAAGAGAUGCGAUAUGAAUGCUGAAUCUAUGCGUGGAUGCGAUUUGUGUACGAAUAAGGAGAAGGGGAUCAUCAAUGACUUCUUCAAGCGAUGCCUGCAGACGCUCAAACCACCGGAUAGAGCAUUGCCACAGGUGCAGAAUCUUCAGUACUACCUCGAAAGGGGCUACGGAGUGCAUCAUUCGGGAAUUUUGCCAAUUCUCAAGGAGAUCGUUGAGAUGCUCUUCCAGUGUGGCCUCGUGAAGCUUCUCUUUGCCACGGAAACUUUCGCAAUGGGCGUCAAUAUGCCCGCACGAACAGUAAUCUUUGAUUCUGAUCGCAAAUUCGACGGGACAGCCGUGCGGAAUCUCUAUCCUGCUGAGUACACACAAAUGGCAGGACGUGCUGGACGCCGAGGACUGGAUGAGAAUGGAACUGUCAUCCUCAUUUGCAAAUCCGAGAAAGUUCCGGACAUUCCGUCAUUGCAGGGAAUGAUGCUGGGGAAACCAAUGCGACUUGAGUCACAAUUUAAACUCACCUAUGCCAUGAUUCUCAAUCUUUUGCGUGUCGAGAGGGUCUCCGUGGUGGAUAUGAUGUCUCACAGCUAUCGAGAAUUCCAUUCACAGCAGAAACUUCCGGAAAAUAUGAUAAAACUCCGAGAGGUUCAGAAAGAAUUUGCCCAAUUGCCACCUUUGGAGGAUAAUCUUCAGCCUCUCUGUGAAUUUUACAGCGUGGCAUCGGAUUACUUUGGGUGUGUGGAUCGUGUGAAUCAGGAGGUCUUUAAGCAUCCAGAGGUGAAGAAGAAACUCCAACCAGGACGCCUUGUGGUAAUCACUAAAGGGAGUUUGUGUAACAAUCUUGCUGUGAUUCUCACCCUAACUGAGGGUCAGCGGAAGGAAACUGAGCUGAAGGUAGCUGUGCUGGGAAAUCCGCAAGUGGAGCAAGAAGAUGAGAAAGAAGAUGCUUGGCAUAGACUCCUUUCACUAGCCACCGCAGGAAAAAUUCACAUUCCAGACAAUGUGGCUGCUUUCACGGUUCUCCCGAUAAAAUUGAAGCACAUUGUGGAGAUUGUCAAUAGCUCCGUGAAGAUUCAGCCAGCGACGAUUAUUCAAAAUUGGGAACAGAAGCAAAUUGAGAGAUUCAAAGAUGCCCCUCUGGGACCGAGUUCACUGAAAUUAGUUGCUGAUUUAAAUAAUUUCCUGGAGGGUACGACAAAAGUGGAAUUUGUCAAUAUGUAUGAGAAUAUCCCCUUGUCUGUAAUUGAUGACAAGAAGGAGUUAACACUGCACAAGCAGAAACUCUCAACUGUACUACGCUGUACUAAAGUAAGUAACUUCCGUGAACGCUUUCGUGGAGUCUUUGAGCGGAAGCUCCUGGAGCAGCGUCUGCAGCAUCUCAAGUAUAUCACUUCAAAGGACAACAUGACCCUCUACCCGGACUAUUGCAACAAACUCGAGGUACUCCGGGAGAUACGGUACAUUGAUGAGCAGAAUAAUGUCACAAUGAAGGGGAGAGUUGCUUGUGAGAUGGGCUCCAAUGAGUUAAUCAUCACGGAAAUUAUCUUCCGGAAUAUUAUUUCAAAUCUAGAAGCCGCUGAAAUUGCAGCUCUUCUGUCGGGAUUAGUCUUCCAGGCAAAAACUGAAUCAACCGCCAUCCCGACUGUGAGUCUCAAAAAGGGAAUUGCCGAAGUUGAAGCCAUCAAUGAUGAGAUCUUCAAUCUUGAGCAGAAGCAUCGUGUAUCCACAUCUCUCGAUGCUCAAGCAAAGCCCAAGUUGAAUUUUGGACUUGUCGAGGUUGUAUACGAAUGGGGGAGAAAUAAACCAUUUGCAGAAAUUAAGGAGCUCACCGAUGUCCAGGAAGGGAUUAUUGUACGAUGCAUUCAGCAACUUCAUGAGAUUCUUCUCAACAUUAAAGAUGCCUCGAGGGUUUUUGGUGAUCCUGUGUUGCAUGCCAAAAUGGAGGAUGUCUCCAAUGCCAUCAAGAGGGACAUUGUCUUCGCCGCUAGUUUGUACACACAAAAGGAUAUUGAGUUGAUUCAUUGAACUUCCCGGACUUAUAAAUAAAUAAAAAAAAACUUCCCGGAA